AUGUCAUUGCCAUCGCGACCAGAAUUUGGCAUUCUCGACCUUGAAGGCAAGGAAUACCACAGUUGGGUCUAUGACAUGGAACUCACUUAUGAAAGUAGAGGGAUUCAAGGCAUGUUUGCCGACCCUCCUGCCGUGUUUGCCCCAAUAACCAAGUCUCAGGCUCUCAUCUUUAUGAGACGCCACAUCCAUGCUACUCUCAAGAGGCAAUACUUGAACGUAAAAUAUCCCAAAGAUUUAUGGGACAAACUUCACUUGCGGUACAACAACAUUCAUGAUAAGCUUCUGCUCGAUUUGACAGUCCGCUGGGAAAAUAUCCGUCUAUUGGACUACAAUAAAGUGGAUGAGUACAAUCAGGAUAUGCUUUCUUUGCAAGCCGAUCUUGCCACCAUCGGUGUCAUCAAUACCAAUCAUGAUCAUCUCUUAAAAAUUUUGGAUACUUUUCCAAUCAACUAUGAGGUCCAAGCUCAUACGUACCAUACUCACAUAGAGGAAGGUAAGAUCCGGACUUUUGCCGACUUUAUGGCACUUUUGGCAAAGAAGGGGAGACACUCAGAGAGCUUCCUCAACAAUAAUCAAAGACAUGUUGGCACUAAAAAGCUUGCUACACCAUAG